GUCAAUUUUGACAUGAUAAGCGAAGUCAAAACAUGAAAACAAGAAAAGGAAAAUAAACAUGUGAACAUCAUGGCAUUGUGUCGAAAAACACUUUAGUUGUGAGAUAAAUACAAACAAGUCACAGCAUUUUGAAAUCUCCAGUCUUAACCGUGAAUCAUGAUCGUUGCUCUUCAGACUUUGGUAUUUUUCCGUGAAUCGUUGCUGUCUGCAUUGGACCGUUUCUUACGGCCUUACUAUAAGCACUUGACUUUAGCUUUCACCCGGAGUGGGAAUGUUUUGGAAGAUGAAGAAUCUGAUGACGAAGUGUUCGCAGAGUAUGAUGAUGAGAAAGGUGUUGUAUUUUUCCCGCCGGUGUACGCUCAGCGUUAUGCCGCAGUCAGCGACUUGCUCAUGGAUGAACGUUGGUGCGGGAAACUCGAAAAGGUAGUGGAUUUUGGCCACCAUGAUAUGAGUUUUAUUAAGUACUUGAAGGAAGUUCCUGGCAUCCGUUACAUUCUUGGUGUGGAUAUUGAGACUAUUCCUCUGAGGUGUUCCUCUGAUCUGCUCAGUGGGGAUGAGUAUUCUCCGAAGAGGGAAAGUCCUUUGCAAGUCACUCUAUUCCAAGGUAAUGCAGCAGAUCCAGAUUACCGGCUCAUUGGCUGUGAUGCUGUCAUUGCAAUAGAGAUGAUAGAACACAUGCUUCCCCAUGACCUGGAAAGACUAGUCCACACUGUAUUUGGAUUUAUUAAACCGUGGGUAGUUAUAUUUACCACACCCAAUGCGGAUUUUAAUGUCCUCUUCAAAGCUUUGGAGAAGAAUGGGCUCCGUCGAAUGGAUCACUUUUUUGAGUGGACAAGGGAACAGUUUAAUGAUUGGUGCAGUAACAUAGUUGUUAGGUAUCCAAAUUACACGGUGACUUGUCGAGGUAUAGGUCCUGGCCCUCCAGGAACUUUGCACCUUGGCUGCUGCAGUCAACUGUGUUUGUUCAUUUCCAAAAACUACCACAAGCAGGCAGAUCUUCAUAUCAACAGUUUGGCUUUAGUUGAAAAUGCACCAACUCCUAAUAACUUUAGCGACAUAUUAGUUUGGGAGAGUUCGGUGGAUACUAAACAAGAAAUCGAACACGGUGCGACCCUAGCUAAACCUGAAACGCUAAACUGCACAACAUUGCAAGUGAAGAAAUUCUCGAAGACCACACAGAAUUUGAUGGCCAAAAACAAGAUAGACUCUUUGGUUCACACCAGGGAGGUUGUGAAUGAGAUACGACACCUCACCAAAACCUUAAACUUGAACAAGUUCAGUCGGCCUGAAGAUGGACAUCACAUCUGGAGUAAUAUCAACUGGGGUGAAAACGCGCCUUAUUGGAACCAGUAUUACAAAAUUGUCAAAGAAUACAUCUAUCCGUUUGAGACGAAAUCCGACGAGGUUAGAAUUUUGGACCUGAUAUCUGAAGAGAUCAACCGUCUGAUUGACAUGCAGUAUGACGAGGAGUUCUCCGUCGAUAUGAACAGGCUGGAGAUUCCGUUGUCUCAUCUCAUGACUGUCGUACAACAUAUUACCGAUGACGUCGAUAGAGUGCGAGAUCUCCUCGAAUGGAAUGGCUAUGAGGUUGUGAACGACGUGGUGAUCCACUCGCGUCUCAUCGUGGACAAUACAUCAGUCGCCACGCAGGAUGACGAGUGGCAGGACAACGACACCUUAUCUGAUGUAAUUCAAUUCUGAACUGAUAUAAUUAUGUACUAACUGAUAAACUUAGUAAUGAC